AUGGCAACAGUUCAACGGGGACCACAAUCGUCGCAACCACAUUCUCUAUCCAAAUCAUCUCCUCGAACCACAGGCCUCCCAUCACCUUCUCCCAUGUCUCCAACAAAGAUCCCAACGAGAGCUACCUCAAUACACACUCCAAGUGUCAUGGAUGAUCUUCGUGGGAAAUAUCAAUCGCAGCUACAAAACAAAUUAAUGGAGGCUAGAAAACAAGGAAGUUUAUCUCGUGAAUUUGAUCACUCUACUAUGAAACCUGCUGCAGUGACUUAUUCAAGUAGAGGACAAGUGUCUGAGUAUGCUUCUGGAAACGAUUUCACGUCGAUGCAACAACAGAUGCAACAGCAGCCAGAUUAUCCAGAAAAUGAUCUAGUGACAAGAAGAGGAACUCUACGUGCCUUUUUUGCGGAAGUCAGACAACGACUAGCGAAUGGUGAAGAGGCUCCUCCUAUGCCUUCCUUUUCAUCUAAAACAACAGCAUCGUCAAAUCAACAACAGUCAACUCAGCCAGGAAAGAGAGACAGUUACAUAGGGAACGAUAAACCAAUCCGUGAAUUCUCAUCAAACCCAACAUCAAGAUCAGUUGGUGUUGCUCGUCCAAGAGUUACCAGUAUUUGGGGUGGUGUUGAAUCUGGAUCUGCUAUUCAACAACAGCACCAACAAGUUAUACAAUCACCAUCAUCACAGUCACACUCUCCAGCAAAUCGUAGUAUUCCAGAUCCAUAUGGACCACGGGGUUCUAUGAUACCGUCUCCACAAACUGCUCCUUCGCGUGGAGCACCGUGGAGUCCGGUAACUUCAGCAGCACCACGAGACGCAUUUGCUACUCGACCUGCUAGAUCUGCUCCUCUCAAUAACACGAGUAAUAAUCAUACACCACCACCAGUUAAAUGGGAUGCUAAUGGGCAUAAACUGGGUCCAGAUGGAAAGCCUGUUAGGAGGACCAAGUCGCAUGUCACACCGAAUAGCCAACGCGCUCCAUUAGUUAAUGAGUCAGUUUCAGCAAUUAUACCACCAGCAACGAAUUUUAUGGAGGCUGCUGAAUCUCAUAGACCUGAGAAAAAGUCAACGGCAACAGUCAAAAGACAUACAUCACUACACAACAACAAGGCAGCUGAAGAAGUAGCAUCGUAUUCAGGGUCGAUGGGGCUAGCAGUUGAUACACUGCGUGAUGACAAUGUAGAGUCAAGUGCUAGUACAUUAGCUCCAUCAGCAAUGCAGAAACUUGCGCGGUCAAAGUCUUCAAAGUCUCGACCUCCUCGUGUUGAAGACUCGUAUGACGAACCUGUUGUAGAAUCACCAGCACCAAAAUCAAAAUCAAGUAGGAGGCCACCACAAGUCAAGACUGAUUUCGAUACAAGCAUAUCAGCACCCACAUCACCAUCCACACUCGACGACAACAUCAACGAUGGUCGAGUACCAUGUCAUGUAUGCCAUCGUAGAUUUGCUGGUGACAGAUUACAAAAACAUCAAGUUAUUUGUGAAAAGAGUGCCGCCAAGAAAUCUGGUGGUGGUGGAGCAGACUUUGAUACGUAUAACAAUGUGGAGCCUAAAUCACCAACACGACAACAACAAGGAAACUCGUCAAAUUCAAAUUCACCGACACGUCAAGAAUACGAAGAACCAUCUACGCCAACGCUAGUACGCAAACCUGCCAUCAGACGACAAAACAAGUCGCCACCAGCUGCUACCCAACAACAACAAAAAGACGCACAAGACGCAAUCCGACAUACUGAAUUCAGAUCAUCGUCACCACCAAUCCCAACUCUCCAAAAGAAACCUGCCGGCGCCAUCAACAGUUUCGACGAAUACCCCAUAGCACCAUCAAACAACCCGAAUCCAUUUGGUCCAGAAGCAGUAGCACCAGCCAGGAAUCUACAUUUCGAAGAAUGUAGAGCAUGUGGACGAUCAUUCGCACCAGACAGAAUCGAGAAGCAUGAAUCGAUAUGUGGUAAACCUGCCACGAAUAAAAAGAGAAAGGUCUUUGAUCCGAGAGCUAUGAGGGCUAAGGGUACCGAACUGGAAGAGUAUGCUGGUAGUAGUGGAAAUAGUGGAUUGAAAAAAAAGAAUAGUAUGGGUGCCAAAAAGUCUGCUGCUGCUGAACGACCUAUUGAAGCUAAAGGUGGUGAAAGUAGCUGGCGUGAUAAGCAUGACGAACUGAUAAAAGCCCUCCGAGCAGCAAAAGGCCUCCAAAACCAUCUCGCUGCCGGUGGUAAAGCCUCUGACCUCCCACCUCCAGAACCAGCCAAGAACAAUGGUGUCGAAUGUCCUCACUGUAGUCGCAAAUUCGCUGUCGCGUCUUUGGAACGUCAUGAACCUAUAUGUGCAAAGACAGUACAUAAACCGAAUGGACCACCUGGCAAACGUGGCGGUGCUAGUAAAGCAAGCACUAAACCAAACCCAAAUGCUCCAAUGAGAAGAUAA